GUACUAACAGCCCUCCAUCUCUCAGCGAGACCGACUUACACAACUACUAGGUUUGCCCUGUAAUCCCUUGAAUCUUCCCGACGCUGCCGGCGACUUUACAUAGUGACGAUUACUGCCUGCUUACAUCUUGUUGCAUGACCAAAGUGCACGGCGAGGGGGCUGCGUGGCCUCCCGGCGGACUACUGCACCAGAAAAGGUAAGAGAUACCAAAUGCGACCCUCGGUGGCUGUCACGGUGCGCCGGGGCGAUUCGUCUGCGCAUUUGCCUGGCCGAAUGCUCCACAGUCUUCUAGUCGGGUCCGCCGUCUGGUGACUCUGGUGCGCAGCAGGGCGGCAGCGAUAUGUCCGCCCAAUAUGAUCUUACCAUACCAGCCACAAUGUCUUCCCCCAGCUUCACAUCAAGCUCUUCCAGCCUAACGGCGUCACUCGUGCAAUCCUCGCCAAUCGUGUCAAGUCUUUCUUCGACAUCCCUGAGAACUCCGUCGCUCUGACCUACCUGGACUCGCAACCUGAACUCCAUGAGCUCUUCACCACCCUUCCCGGAGACACCGACUCUACCACCCUUAAGUUCGCGGUCCGCGAUAUACGCGACCUCCGUGAGGGCUCGUCAUUUGAGGAUUCGGACCAUACGAUGUCUUCACCGUCAGUUCAAGACGAUAGCGAAUCACCGGUUGACCGCACCGCCGAUCUCGUCGCCGGAGUGGACGCUGCUCAAGGUGAGCAAGCACCGCCUCAGAUCGACGAACCUGUCGUUCGAGACCCUUCAGCCGUAAACAUGUCCCCAGGGGGCUUCGACUCUCUUCGAGGCCGUGGCGGUCACCGAGGCGGGCGGGGCGGAGGACGGGGCCGCUGUGGAGGUCCUGUCCACGGCCAUCGCGGCCUGCCUCGCGGUCCUCCUGGCAGGCCUCCCGCCGAUCUGCCUUUCCCCUUCGUCCAUGGUCUACCUCCUCGUACUCGCGGCGACUUCGUAAGCCACAGCCUUCCACCGCCCCCGAUGAGUCAUGAGAUGUCCCGCGCACACAGCGCCCCUCCUGCGCUCUACGCCAAUGCCCCUGAGGGCAUGUUCCCUUUUGAGAUAUUCGUGGACAUGGGUCUGUCUCGCGAGCGCUUUCCUCGGUCCCGUAGCCCCUCUACUUCUCCGUCUCGUAGCUCAACCCCGAACGACGGGUGCGACCGCCGCCCCCACGGACAUGACCAUCGUCAGCGGCAUCACGUCGACAAUCACCGUCGUCACCACCACAACGUCGGUCAUCACCAUGGCCAUGGCCAGCACCAGCGCGGGGGGCCUCAGCAUUUCGGACGUGGUAGGGGAUCCGCCUUUGCUUUCGACAUGCGUGGUGGUCGCGGGCGAGGCGGCUUCGGGGGGCACGGUCCAUUUGGGCACAUGCACUUCGAGAUGUUCCCUGACUUGCAGCAGCAUGGGCUCGGAUCCGGUGGGCGCGGUCGUGGCUGCUUCCCUCCCGGGUUCGGUGCGCGUGGUCGCAGUAUGGGCCUCAUGGGCAUGGUUGGACCGCACGGGCUCUGA